AUGGAAACCCUGGAAAUUCUUUGUGAAGCACAGGAAGUAAGUGUUUUGCUAUUUUGAUUUACAUUAUUUUCUUUUUAUUUUGUAAAUGUUAACUUUAAAUUUUAAUGGAGAAAUUCAGAACGAUGUUCACAGCAAAGAGCAAACACCAACUUGUACCACAUGAUCAAAUUUUCCUUUUCUGUUCAUUAUAUCUACACAAAAAUAUUUUUUAUUACUCCAUGUAGUCUCACACCACUUUCAUCCAAAAUAAUUAUUUUGAACUGUUUUUAUCCGCUUAUUUCCUUAUUUGAGGAAUUGUCAACAUGAAUCUGAAGUUUGCCAUUUGCCAUGAUCUUGAAUGAUCAUGAAUAAUUAGGGCUAAGAAACAAAGAAACUAGAGAAUCAACCUGGUUUGAAACCAUUUUAACCUGAAUGUCAUUUUGACCUACAGCAUUAGAGAGAGUUUUGUGUUCAAAUCUCAAAGUCAAGUUUAAAAGCUCAGUGAGAUUACAAGCUUAUGAUGCAUCACGGAGAUGGGACUACAACUAGUCUACUCUUUUACAUGUACUUAGGGAUAGUAGAGCAAGCAACAUAAGAGAAAAAAAUUGCCACCUGCAAAGUGUUUUAUGUAUUGCAAAGUUACGUUACAUGAUCUCAUUACAUUAUGUGAUCUCAUCAUUACAUUAGAAAAGAGACGAUGAAUCAGUUGGCCUCAGUUCUCAGGAAGCGUUGAAGAGACUUUUUGAUGCCAUCAAAGAUGAACUAUCAACAUACAUGGAGGCUAACAGUUGUACAUGGAGGGAAGAUUUGUGGAACACCUUGAGUCAUAAUCAUCACCUGCCAAUCAGCUUUAUCAGCCUUGGCUUCCUUAUUCUUGAGGUCUUGGUGAUGGUUUUGUCGUAUGCCCUGGCUGGCUCAACAAGAAAGUAU